CACACCGACAACAAACACAUACACACACUCCCUCUCCGAGCCGGACAGCACAGCCCCUGGCCCGGCAGCCCGGCAGUGGAGGACACAUCCAGGCUUCCAGGCGCCGCAGCCCGCUGUGACAGUGGACCUAACAUCGCCUUACUUUGUGGACAUGGGAGACAUGGGGGAUCCGCCGAAAAAGAAGCGGCUGGUAUCUCUGUGCGUGGGCUGCGGGAACCAAAUCCAUGACCAGUACAUCCUGCGGGUCUCCCCGGACCUGGAGUGGCACGCCGCCUGUCUCAAAUGUGCCGAAUGCAGCCAGUACCUGGACGAAUCCUGCACGUGCUUCGUCCGGGACGGAAAGACUUACUGUAAACGGGACUACAUCAGGUUGUACGGGAUUAAAUGCGCUAAAUGCAACAUCGGCUUCAGCAAGAACGAUUUUGUGAUGAGGGCCCGCUCCAAAGUCUACCACAUCGAGUGUUUCCGCUGCGUGGCUUGCAGCCGGCAGCUCAUCCCGGGGGACGAGUUCGCUCUGCGGGAGGACGGGCUCUUCUGCCGGGCCGAUCACGACGUGGUGGAACGGGCCAGCCUGGGCCCUGGAGACCCGCUCAGCCCGCUGCACCCCGCCAGACCGCUGCAGAUGGCAGCAGAACCAAUCUCGGCCCGGCAGCCCGCACUGCGGCCUCACGUCCACAAACAGCCGGAGAAGACCACCCGGGUCCGGACGGUGCUAAACGAGAAGCAGUUGCACACACUGCGGACUUGCUACAACGCCAACCCGAGGCCCGACGCCCUUAUGAAGGAGCAGCUGGUGGAGAUGACCGGCCUCAGCCCGCGGGUGAUCCGGGUCUGGUUCCAGAACAAGCGGUGCAAGGACAAGAAGAGGAGCCUGCUGAUGAAGCAGCUGCAGCAGCAGCAGCCCAAUGACAAGACGAACAUCCAGGGAAUGACGGGCACCCCGAUGGUGGCGGCCAGUCCGGAGCGGCACGACGGCGGCAUCCAGGCCAACCCGGUUGAGGUGCAGAGCUACCAGCCGCCCUGGAAGGUCCUGAGCGACUUCGCCCUGCAGAGCGACAUCGACCAGCCGGCCUUCCAACAACUGGUCAGUUUCUCGGAGGGAGGACCGGGUUCGAACUCUACGGGCAGCGAGGUAGCGUCCAUGUCGUCUCAGCUUCCAGACACGCCGAACAGCAUGGUAUCCAGCCCCAUCGAGGCCUGAGCAGCCGCCGCGUGGACGGACUGAACGGACUGAACUGAACACACAGANCCC